GCUCACUGGAAGUCCAAUUAUUGCUAAUGGCGGGUAUUGUACGAAACAUGCGUAUUUUAAGCUAUUGUCCGCUUACUGUUAAACAGCGAAUUUCAAAUUAAUAGCUGCUUUGUGUUUUGAAGCCCCUUCGAGGAUAAACAAAGCCAAGGAGUCGAACAGAGCGCCGGGGAGGACUUUGCAGCUCUUUUCGUCAUGUGGUGGAUCUCCGUUAAUAACUGAUACAAACUGAAACUGUGAGGAAGGCAGCGUGUUUGGCUGAGAAAUAGCUUCAGUGUUGGCAAUGCUAGCUCACCUAAACGCCUGUCUUAGAGCCAUAACCCCAAAACUACUGCAGAAAUAGCUAACUUAAUGAGACGGAGGAAGUUCAGCUAGUAGGACGGAAACUUGGCGUUCAUUCAUUAGACCGUUGGUAAAUCUCCGCACUUGUGAAUCGGAAAUGAAAGCGUUGACAUUAUCAGCGUUGGUGUUGCUGUUGUCAUUAACUGUUUAUCAGGUUAACUGUAGCUCGAAACUCAAUAUUCCCAAAGUGUUGCUACCGCUUGCCAGAAGUACAAGAAUUAACUUCACACUGGAAACAACUGAAGGCUGCUACAGAUGGUCCUCCACGAGACCAGAGGUAGCAAGCAUCCAGGCUGUGGAUGAAGACCUCAUCAGAGGUUGCUCCAGGAAAGCUGUUCUCCAGGCGCUUUCCACACAGCCAUCCAGACUGACCAGUAUUAUUCUAGCCGAAGAUGUUGUUACAGGACAGGUGCUGCGUUGUGACGCUAUUGUUGACAUCAUCAGCGAAAUCCAGAUAGUGUCCACCACCAGAGAGCUACAUCUUGAGGAUUCACCACUGGCACUCAGGAUUCAUGCACUGGACUCUGAAGGAAACACCUUCAGCACUCUUGCAGGUCUAGUGUUUGACUGGACCUUAGUGAAAGAUGUAGAUGUGAAUGGAUUCUCUGACUCUUACAAUUCAUUACGGGUACUUAAAUUCUCUGAGUCCACAUAUACCCCUCCUGGAUACAUAUCUGAAAUGGAGCGUGUUGGGAAACAGGGUGAUAUUAUUUUGGUAUCAGGACUGAAAACAGGACAUGCUAAGCUGAAAGCGAAAAUACAAGAACAACUUUAUAAGGAUGUGGGUGCUGCAGAGGUGAGGCUUCUGAUCUUAGAGAACAUCCUGCUGAGCCCUGCACAUGAUGUCUACUUGCUGGCCGGAACUUCGAUCAGAUACAGAGUCUUGAAGAUAAGACAGGGCACGAUAACAGAGCUCUCGAUGCCUUGUGAUCAGUAUGAGCUGCAUCUUCAGAACAGUGUUGUCGGCCCUAAUGGAAACCCAGAUGUUGCUGUAGCCAGUCUGGCUCAGAGCACCUCCACUGUUACAGCAGUUCAGCUGGGACACAUCAAUGUGGUGUUGGAUCAUAAGAGCCUUCGGAUGCAAGGAGUGUCUCGCCUACCCAACAGCACCCUAUAUGUCGUUGAACCGGGCUACUUAGGUUUUAAAAUUCACCCAGGAGAGAGUUGGAUUCUCGAAACGGGAAGAGUGUAUGAUAUCCACAUUGAAGUAUUUGAUAAAUCCAGCAACAAAAUUUACCUCUCUGAUAAUGUCCGUAUCGACACUACUUUCCCUUCGGAGUAUUUUGAAAUCCUCGAAUCUUCUUUGAAUGGAUCCUAUCAUAAUGUCAGAGCACUCAAAGAAGGCCUAACACUCAUUGAUGCCACCUUAAAAGCUGUUGUGGAUGAACGUGGAAAUGUCCAUGCUCUCGCCAACCCAGUCAACAAUGAACAGGAUGUGGAAAUCUAUAAUCCUAUAGUGCUUAGUCCCAGUAUUCUCACAUUUCCAUGGCAGCCCAAAGUUGGAGCAUAUCAGUACACAAUAAAGGCAACAGGAGGUAGUGGAAAUUUUAGCUGGACUUCCUCAAAUGCAGCUGUUGCCACAGUGACUGUGAAAGGAGUGAUGACCACAGUUAGUGACAUUGGCGUCAGUGUGAUUUAUGCUCAUGAUCUACGAAACCCACUGCACUUUGGCCAGAUGAAGGUGUAUGUUGUUGAGCCUGUAGCAAUGGACUUUGCUCCUUGCCCAGUCGAAGCCAGGUUGGGCCUCAUACUGGAUCUGCCUCUCAGGAUUUUUGGCCUGAUUGAAGAGGGGGAAAAAGAGCGGGUCAUGUUAAGUGACUGUUCCCAUUUUGACCUGGUGGUCGAACAGGAGAACCAUGGCAUCUUCGAACUGCUGGACGGGAGGCUGGCUCCAGGCCAGGACCACUGCAGUGGAGUGAGAGCCAAGGCUUUAGCUCCUGGGUAUACCGUACUUAGCGUCAGCUACACUCACGGCAAUGUUCACCUCAGUGCCAAGAUCACCAUUGCUGCCUAUCUUCCUCUCAGAGCAGUUGACCCUGUAUCUGUUGCUGUGGUGACUCUGGGCUCAUCCAAAGACAUGCUGUUUGAGGGUGGGCCACGUCCUUGGGUUUUGGAGCCCUCGAAGUUUUUCUGCAACUUGAGUGCUGAAGAUGAGGCCAGCCUGAGUCUUACCCUGAUUAGUCCCUUGUCUCACAACUAUAAUCAGCGCUCGGUCAGAGCAACUUGUCGGGCCUUGGGAGAGCAGGUGUUGGAGGUGAUGGUGGGGAAUAAAGCCAGUGUGACCAAUCCUUAUCCUGCUGUGGAGCCAGCAGUAGUCAAGUUUGUGUGCGCUCCUCCAUCUCGCCUUACUCUGGUCCCCGUGUAUACGAGCCCACAGUUAGACCUGACCUGUCCACUGCUGCAGCAGAAUAAACAAGUGGUACCCGUUUCAAAUUACCGCAACCCCAUUUUGGAUUUAGCUGCUUUUGAUCAUCAGGGGAGGAAGUUUGACAACUUCAGCUCUCUGAGCAUGCUGUGGGAAUCAACAAAGGUGUCGCUGGCCAGUAUUGAACCCACUAUGCCAAUGAAGCUUCAGGUGAUCAAGGAGGGCAACAAACAGAUGAAACUUCACGGACUUCAGGAAGUUCUUGUCCAUCAACAGACUGGCAUUGCUGCCAUUACAGCAACAGCUCUGGGUUACCAGGUUUCACACCUGGCUGCAGCCAAAGUCCCCAGUCCAUAUGACCCCAUGACUCCUGUCUCAGCCACUCUGGAGCUUCUGCUGGUUGAAGAUGUGAAGGUUUCUCCUGACACAGUGACUGUAUACAACCACCCAGAUGUGCGAGUGAAUCUGGCCCUGCGAGAGGGUUCAGGGCACUUUUUUGUUAAUACCAGCGCUAAAGGGAUGGUGAAUGUGGUCUUCCAGGAGGCCCAAGGCACUGCUCAGGUGUCUCCCAUCCAUCCAGGCACAGUGAAGGUGAUGAUUCAUGACCUUUGCCUGGCUUUUCCAGCACCCGCCAAAGCCACUGUGCAUGUUUCUGACAUCCUGGAGGUUUAUGUAAGAGUGGUUGACAAGGUAGAGAUUGGCAAAUCCGUGAGAGCUUAUGUCAGAGUCUUGGAUGAUAAUAGGAAGCCAUUCCCUGCCAGCUAUUUCCAAUUCAUGAAUCUUAAACUCAAAGCAGCUUCUGCAAUAGUCUCUCUGAAACCAUUAGUGGAGUCUACAGAAAGCGAUACUGCUGUUUUCUUGGUGAAAGGUGUUGCUAUCGGUCAGACCACUCUGUCAGCUGCUGUUGUGGAUAAAAAUGGGAGAAAAAUUGCUUCAGCACCCCAGCAAAUAGAAGUAUUUCCACCAUUCAAACUCAUCCCGAGGAAGAUGACCCUGUUAGUUGGAGCAAUGAUGCAGAUCACGUCUGAAGGUGGCCCUCAACCUCAGUCCAAUAUCCUGUUUUCCAUUUCCAAUGAGGAAAUAGCUUCUGUUAAUGCCAUGGGCCAUGUCAGAGGUAUUGCCAUUGGUAAUGUUUCUGUCACUGGACUGGUCCAAGCUGUGGAUGCGGAGACUGGGAAGCUAGUUGUUGUGUCUCAGGAUCAAGUAGAAGUUGAGGUUGUGGUUUUGACUGCCAUUCGAAUCAGAGCACCUAUUACAAGAAUGGAGACAGGAGCGCAGAUGCCUGUAUAUGUGAUGGGUCUGACCAAUAGUCAAACACCCUUCUCAUUUGGCAGUGUACUACCUGGUUUCACCUUCCACUGGUCUACCACUAAGAGAGACAUCCUGGAUGUCCAGCCAAGACACAUCGAGGCUAAUGUGGAGCUUCAGUCAGAGCACAACUUUGGCAUGAGGGUGACUGGAAGAACACGAGGGCGGACAGGGCUGAAGGUGGUACUCAGAGUUUCUGACCCUAAGGCACAGCAGCUUGUGAACAACCUGCAGGAGCUCAGUGAUGAGAUCCAGAUUCAGGUCUAUGACAAGCUGCACAUGCUUAAUCCUAAAGUAGAAGCUGGGGAGUUAUUGAUGGCUCCGAACUCCGCUCUUAAACUCCAGACUAACAGGGAUGGUGUGGGUGCUCUCACCUAUCGAAUGUUGGAUGGCCCCGACCAGGUUGUUAUUGCUCAAGUAGAUGAUAAGGGCUUCCUCUUCUCUGGCUCUGUCACUGGCAUCUCUUCACUGCUGAUCACCUCACAAGAGACUUUUGGUGUCAAUCAAACUCUCAUCCUUGCUGUGAAGGUGGUGCCUGUGUCCUAUUUGCGCUUCAGUACCAGUCCGGUGCUCUACACAAACACCAAAGAGAACCUGAAGGCUUUCCCCCUGGGAACAGUACUCACCUUUACUGUCCACUUUCAUGCCAGCACUGGAGAGGCAAUACACAGCUCCAACUCCCACCUCACAUUUACCACAAACAGAGAUGAUCUUGUGCAGGUUGGGGUUGGGCCUAGUAAUCACACCCUCACGGUGAGAACUGUCAACGUAGGACUCACCCUUCUUGCGGUUUGGGACAGCGAAAACAUGGGCGUGGCAGACUAUGUUCCAGUUCCUGUCGAACAUGCUAUCCAUAUGGAUGAGGCCAACAAACUGGUGGUGGGAGAUGUGGUCUGCUUCAGUAUCCAGUUAACCAACCCUAGUGGUGGCCAUGGCACUUGGAGCUCCUCUGCAGAUGGUGUUCUUCAGGUGGACCCUAAAAGUGGAGCAGCUGUGGCUAGAGACUCUGGGACAGUUACUGUGUACUAUGAGAUACCUGGUAUUUUGAAAACAUACAGAGAGGUGGUAGUGGAAACUCCUACACGAACAGCAGCUAUGGCACAGGCUACACCUGUUAGGAACGGCAAGGAGACAAAGGUCCUCCUGACAACCAGAGAAAGAGGAACCAACCUCAUUGGAACCUGUUCCUCUAACCAGAUUGAAGCCAUUUCACAGCUGCAGCCAGAAACAUCUGUAACCUGCCGUCUCAGCUUUACCAGCGAUACUGUUGAUUUCUCUGCUAAUGAUGUCUUUAAAACACACGUCAGCUUUGACGCCAGCAUUGGCCUCUAUACAUGCUCCAUGACCUUGCGGCCCAUGACUGACCAACAGACCCGCGUGCUCAGCAUAUCCAUGACCAACCUGCUGGUGAAGGCAGGCCUGGAGGACAGUGCCUUCUCUGGGGUGCAAGUCAGUGCCAGAUUGCCAAUAGAGCCAGGCCUCUACUCAGACCAGACUGAGCUGUUGCUCUCAAACUUGCACCCAUCUGCUGAAAUCACAGUCUAUGGCCCUCCUGCAGCCCUGUCCAAUGUAGAGGUGGCAUCUACUUCUCCCACCAUUGUUGUCCAAGAGAAGGAGGUACACCGUGGCUUCCCCAGUUUCUCAAAGUACACAGUCAGUGCUGUGGACCCCCAGGCAGCAGUUUCUGCUUCCAUUUCCAUAAGCAGCACCUCCUAUGAGCAGAGUCUUGUCAUCCCAGUCACUUUGAUUCACGUAACUGAUCCCAAUGCUGCAAUUCAUGCUGCUGCUCCAGUUGGUUACAUGGAGGGGGGCCACUCCUUUCACAGCUUCAUAAACUCCUACCAGAUGAUGUUCUGCACCCUGUUCGCUCUGCUGGCUGGUACAGCUAUCAUCAUAAUUGUCCUCCACUCUGUGUUCACUCCAAGGGAACAAACGUAUCAUCCUGCUUUCAUCCAGAGGACACCACCACCACCAGUCUCAGGUUUAGACUCACCCAUAGCAAAUUCCUUCAACCGCACGUUGCCAGGGACCACCCUAAACAGCAGCCCCAGGUACCGUCUCUAUUCCCCAGACUACAAGUCCUGAUGAAGCCGGCUGCUUGGUCUGUUCCUCAAAAUGGAAAAAAAAAAAAAAAAAUGAAAAAAAAAAAUGAAAAAACACCCCAGGCCGUUAAAGUGUAGAGAAUGUGCCUCUGUCCCUCAGGAUGAAUGCUGUGGGAUGUGACAGCAACAUCUCUGUACCUUUUUGUUUUCAAAUGUUGGUACAGAUGCAUAAAUAGAUGAUGCAAGAUAAUUAUAGGGCUAUUUUCCAGUUGUCUGUGUGUUUGCUUUUGUGUGUGGAGGUAAAUAUAAAUUAUGUGUGCGCACAGCUAUACAUAUACUGUACGUUUUUUUGUUUUUGUUUUUUUUUUUUGUGUGGUUUGCUAUGAAUAGUUUUUAUACAAAACCACUUCAUUGACUGACACCUAGUCCUUAAAAACCUCUAGUUUAUGCUUGUCAAAAUGUCUUCUCGUUUGCUUGGCUACUCAAAUUUGACAUGUGACUCAGGAUAAACCACAUUCUUGAAAGACAGAAAACAAAUGUUAGCUUGAAAUUAUUUAUUUUUAUGAGCAGACGUAGUUCUCUGUGAUUUUUGUAGCUUAUACAUUUUGGAAAAGGUGCCAUCCACUGAAACCGUCCUCAAAGAUAAUGAACCCUUUAAAUGUGCAUAAUCCUAAUCGUGAAAAAGUUGGAAUACUUCUGUUUAAGGGCAUUUCGGGGGGAGAGUUUGAUUUUUUUUUUUUCCCGUUUUUCAAUAUUGCUGGGGUUUUUUUUGUUUGUUUUUUGAGCCAUAAUGCAUCUAGCUCCUGUCUAAUUCAUUAAUGUGAAAUAACAACAAAAUGUGAACUGUCUGUUCAGUUUUUAUCCCAGUGGGGCUUCGUUGCAAAAGCACUCAAAUGUGACCAGGUCUCAUUUCUGAAAAUGUAAUGCUUCUGUUUGUUCUUACUGCCCACAUAUCCUGAAAGAGAUUACUGUAGCAUUGUUGAAUUACCUGAACAUUGUGUGAUUUUUCUUUUAAAUGCCAUAUUUUUGUAUAUGAAGAAAAAGUAUUGGCAAGGAAUUGUAUUUAUGCUAGCCAGUCUGUUUCAGAUUCAUGCCUUACCGUCACAUCUGUACUGCAUUCAGCACACAAUGCAGAUACAAGUUUGCUCGUGUGAAUAUGCUCUUGCCUUUGCUGAUUAAAGUUUUUACUUAUGUUCAUUGUUGUCAGAAUUAUUCAUCAAAAACUUUUUAUGAAUUUGUCUUC